ACUUCCCAUAUGUCAGAAGCCUUUGUGCUUUUCCAGGCUGUCUGCGAGUCAGGAAAAAACAGCUGGAUCCAGGAUUCUUGCCUUUCCAGCUAGCGCAAGCUAGCUAACAAUCGACUCGACUCGGGUAGCUAUCCACCCAGCAGCAAACCUGCAGCAAGGUUCUCUUGGGGGUCUGGAUGCUGGCUGGUGAUGGAAGCUCCUGAGUACCUGGACCUGGAUGAGAUCGACUUCUCUGAUGACUCAGUGUAUUCAGUGUCGUCCUUGAAGAACAUUCCAGAGUUGUCGAGGAGAAGUGAUGGCGCAGGAGAAGACAGACAAGCCCCAGCGGUCCCCUGGAGCCGGGGGGGGUCGGCCCUCGGAGGCGGGGGCAUCAAGGCCAGCGGCAUCGCUGAGGUCCACAGCAAGUUCCGCCCCGUGAAGAGGGUCUCUCCUCUGAAGCACCAGCCGGAGGCCUCGGACCCUGACACGGACCCUGGAAAGGCCCGGGCGCAGGGGGGCCAGGGGGGGCAGGGGGAGCCCGAGGAGGGCUUCAAGGAGGAGGCCCCCGCAGACAAACCAGCCCUGGCUGUGGGCGAGGGGGGGAAACACAGAGUGACGGGGGGAGGAGGAGGGGGUCUGUUUGGGGAGCUGGAGCACUACGACCUGGACAUGGACGAGAUCCUGGACGUGCCCUACAUCAAGUCCAGCCAGCAGAUGUCGACCCUGCCCAGGGUGCACGUGGACAAGCGCAGCGCCGGCGGAGCGGGGGGCUCCGGGAAGACCUCCACCCUGCCCCACAGCGAGAGCACCCAGUACUGCGUCCUCUCCCCGGUCAAGUGGUCCGACAUGAGGAAGUCCAAGUCCAUGGAGCCUGACUACCACCUGAGGCCCUCGGUGACCGGGUACGACCCUCCUGCCCCUCUCGUCUGCUCCUCCUCCUCCUUCUCCGACACGGACAAGCUGACCAGCAGGGUCUACCCGGACAGCCAGAACCACAAGAUGAGUUUGGGGGGGCUGGGGGCGGCGGUGGACUCCCCAGGGGGCCAAGCCAUGAUGUUCCCCAUGCCGGGGGCGUCAGGGGGGAGGCAGGAGGGCAGUAAGCCCCGGGGCAGCGGGGGUCUGGAGGGCAGUAAGACCUGGGGGGCAGGGGGCAGCUCCAGGGCCCACGGAGGAGAGGUGGAUGAGGAGAGCAAGAAGAACCAGAACAUCAUCAACAUCAUCAGAGAGGGACAGAUCUCACUGCUGCCCCACCUGGCGGCUGAGAACCUGGAGCUGAUCAGAGACGAGCAGGGGAACAACCUGCUGCACAUCUCCGCCUGGUACGGCCACGCUGACUGCCUGCAGCACCUCACCUCGCUGCUGGGGGAAGACGGGCUCAUCGAGCGCAACGGCCAGCAGCUCACCCCGGCCGGCCUGGGGGUCAAGAACGGCCACCUGGAGUGUGUGCGGUGGAUGGUGAGUGAGACGGAGGCCAUAGCAGAGCUGAGCUGCACCCGGGAACACCCCAGUCUGAUCCACUACGCUGCGCGCUACGGCCAGGAGAAGGUGUUGCUGUGGCUGCUUCAGUUCAUGCAGGAGCAGGCCAUCUCUCUGGACGAGGUGGACCAGCUUGGGAACAGUGCUGUCCAUGUGGCCGCCCAGUACGGCCACCUCACCUGUAUACAGACCCUUGUAGAAUACGGCUCCAACGUGACGGUUCACAAUCAGCAGGGCGAGAGGCCUUCCCAGAGUGCCGAGCGGCAGGGACACACCACCUGCGCUCGCUACCUGGUCGUCGUGGAAACGUGCAUGUCGCUGGCGUCUCAGGUGGUCAAGCUCACCAAACAGCUCAACGAACAAGCCGUGGAGAGGCUGGCUCUGCAGACCCAGGUCCAGAGACUCGUGGAUCCAUCCAAGGGAGAGGGCACCCCCUCACGCUCCCCCAGUUCCAGUCAGCCGUCAGCGGAGGCGUGGCCUGAGAUGAUGCUGACGGCGGAGUCCUCGACCGGAGACAGCCAUUGGGUGGUGAGGCAGGGGGGCGUGGCUACGGACUCUGUGCUGCGUCAGCUGCUGGGGAAGGAGGUUCUCCCUGGGCCCGGAGGGGGGGGCGGCAACCCCCCGGGGCCGCAGCGCAGGGCGGGGCUGGCGGAGCGGAGGGUGGGACUGGCGGAGCACAGGGAGCUGAAACUGGCCCGGCUCAAGCAGAUCAUGCAGCGCUCCCUCAGCGAAUCAGAUUCCGACGUCUACCCCCCGGAGGAGGGCAAACCCGGAGCCCCGCCGCCGAACGGCCCCCGGCCCGAGAGGCCCAAUCAUCUGCCCAUCGCCGAGAGCGAGGAACCAAUCAGCAAUCACCUGCAGCUGGCGACCAGGAAGCACACGCCCUCCUCGGAGCGUAAGUUAGCCUUCUCCAACGGGGCCUCCAAGUCUGUCGACGGGGGGUACAACCCCUCCCCCACGUCCGACCGAAGCGACCCGGAUCCUCCAGGAGAGGCUUCCGGAGAGUUCCAUGACCUCCAGGGUCAGAAGGUCGCCACCAGCCCCAAGAGCGCCCUCAAGUCCCCGUCGUCACGCAGGAAGACUUCCCAAAACCUCCGGCUCAGGGUCACCUUCGACGAACAGGUGGUCCACAAGCCGCAGGAGCCCGAGGGCAAAGGGGCUCAUGGGAAAGAGAGUUCGGGAAGGACUACAACCGAGACGUCUGAGACAUGGAAGCGUCCCUUCGGAACGUUCCGCUCCAUCAUGGAGUCUCUGAGUGGCAACCAGAGCAGCAGCAGCAGCAACAACAUCAGCAACAGCCAAUCCGCUGCUUCGGUCAAGCAGCAUUCCAGUUCUGGAACACCUCACAGCUCACCCAAUAGGAAAGCCACUGAGACAAAGGCGGGACCAGGUGGGUCUUCCAAAACGAAAAACAAGAGCAGUGCUGUUUAGGUAGUUUUAAAGGGACAUUCCACUGUUUUUAUGCAGUCUGUUCCGCUUCCCCCCUCGCAGUGUUAGCCACGGCAGCAGGAGAGGCUGUGGUGUUUAGGGAGGAAACUGAAGGAUGUGUGUUGGUUUUGUUUAUGUCAAUGAAGUACUGUCCCUGUCCAGGUCAGUGGCAGGUGUUCCCCCUGCAUCUGUAAACACAGCCCUACCUGACAGACCUAACUGUGGUUGUUAUUAUUAUGCACUCCACAAACUGCAGCACAAAAAAAAAAUCUAUAUAUGAAAACCACUGUUUAUAUUUAAUGUCUAUCUAUAUUCACAAGUGUUUCUUUUGGGGGGUUUGGUCAUCAUCUAUGCAGUUUUUGGUUCGAACUAAGAGUUCAGUCUCUGUACUGUUUCAGUUUUAAUAUCAUGGUGAGAUUAUCUGACUGCAGUGUUUUAUUUGUUGACGUCUUGAGCUGUACUUGCAUAUCGAUAAUUUUCUUUAUCUGUUGUGUAAUUGUCUUGAUAAUAGACAACAGCUCAAUCAAUGAGUUUGUUUAAUAUUUCUUCUCAAUGCAAAAAAGAAACGACUAACGCAAUAGUAGCGAAUAUUAAACCUAAAGUUUAUUUUAUAUUUUAAUAUUGUCAGUUUUUUUUAUUUGUCUGCGGAGGCUACUUCCACCACAAAUCAUGCCUUGUCUAGUAUUUAAACUUUUGUUAAGACUAAAAUAAACAGUUACAUGUU